CCUGGCACGCUACACAUACAGAUCUUUAUCAAGAGAGGGUUGUCUAAUCUCCAGAGUAAAACCAAGCAUGCCGAGAUGGAACCUCUUUGUGAAAGGACAGGAAGGGAAGACAAUGACUUUCAUUCAGGAGGACGAUCCAACAGCCCCACUCCAUUCUCAGUGGUAGCUGACAGCACCACCAGUCUGUAUGUGACCUGGUCCCCUCCCCAGCCUCCCUCAGUCCAUCCCCUCCUCCUCCAUCCCCUCCUCCUCCGCUACAAGAUCCUCACCACUCACACCCUCACCAAUGCCACCUUCACCUCCGGCACUCUCCUCCCCUCUUCAUCUCCCUGGGUGGUGGAGGGGUUAAAUUCUAGCAGUGAGUAUCGAGUGAGGGUUUCAUCAUGGUCUCCUCUGGGCCAAGGAGCGGACGGACAGGAGCAGACUGCCUACACAUAAUUAUGGUCCUGCUCCUCAAAAGUGUCCACUGAACAUCACGGUGUCAUAUAUGCCUGUGAGCCAGGAACUGGUGGUCCAGUGGUACCCCACCCUCCCCCCACCACCAGGGACCGUAUUUGCCUACUACCAAGUCCAGUAUCGCACCAUUGGUGAGGAGGGGGAGGGGCUUACGGAGACAGUAGAUGCCGGACAGAGCAGGGUCAUUAUCAACCAGUUGGAAAAUGCUCACAACUAUGAGAUUCGACUGAGGGUGAAAGUUCAGGUGCGGCGCUUUCCGGCUGAGUAUGAGGACACUCCCUGGAGUGUUUGGAUUACUCUUCCUACAGGUGUGCAGGGUGUGACUAUGACUCCUACAGAAGCAGUGGAGGAGAGUGACAGAGAGGAGGUGCUACUGGUAUGGGUGUUGGUCCCAGUGCUAAGUGUGGUGGUCCUGGUGGCUCUACUGGUCCCUGUCACGAUCAUUGUGUGGAGGGUUUGGAAAAGUGCAGAUUUGCAGUGCAGAAAACUGUGCCUCUUUAUAGUCCAGUUUCUAUUCCCCACGUGAUGAGGAACUACGACAGGUCCCGAUGCGGAAUGACGUUUUUUUCACAUGGGAAAAUUUGAACCAAGUUUAUUUCACUGACGUUUAGAUAGCGGCAUACGGAGGACAAUGUGAACAAUAAUUAUUCAUUAAUUUUUUAUACCAUGCACCUUACCAGGCCACACAGCGUAGUCACCUUCCAUAUUUGUUAAGUGCAGUUCCUUGUCAUUAUUAUGUAUUCAUUCACAACUUUUACGAGAUAAUUACUCUCUCAAACCAUGAAAAUAUUAUUAUAUAACAAUCAGACAACACAGAACAAUGCAAGUCAUGGGGAACUCUUGCUGCAGUUAGAUUCUCAUCUGUCACUAGUUACUCAUUUUUAUGGUUCUUAGUUUGUUUGAACUCCAUGAAUUUCCAUUGUGCUGAGUUGUUGCCUCUCCUCCAUGUCAACUCUUGUUGUGAUGCUGCUGUUUGUUCUGGCAUGACCUUCACAGUAUAUACAUAGUGAUACAGCUGAUAAAGAUGUGGAAAAAUACAUGUGUGUGGGUUGCACAAUUGGUGACAUUACAGUAAACCUUUGGUGGGAACAGUGAAAGCAUGAGCUGCAAAGAUAAUCUUAACAGUCCCGUUGCACAACAUAAUGUACGGUGGGCACAAGCUAUGUAGAUACCCCUGGUCAGUGCUGCCAGGAGCACCCCUAAAUAUUGCAUGUGU